UUUUCGACACUGUCCUGAAGACACUACAUUUAGAAUACCCACCCAGGACUGGGUGAUUCACUAGACCUCAAAGGACACAGCCAGGUGUCAACUGAGGAACAUCAUCUAGUUGCAGGCUCAGGCAUCAUCAGUCCUGGGCUCCCCACAGUGGACUCCCCUGAAGAAUAUCUCAUUUGCAUAAAAGUCCACCGGGGGUUCCCGCAGACUCAAAGAUAUUCAAACCCACUUUUGAAAAAGUAGCAUUUUUUAGUAUCCUCUCCUAUACAGAACAAACCUAAAAAUUUGGGAGUUUGUUGUUUAUUAAUGGAAAGUAUGAAGUCUAAGGCCAAAUGUACCCAGAACCCAACUUGUAGAAUAAUGAUAUUUCAUCCAACCAAAGAAGAGUUUAACGAUUUUGAUAAAUACAUUGCUUACAUAGAAUCCCAAGGUGCACACCGAGCGGGCGUGGCUAAAAUAAUUCCACCAAAAGGAUGGAAAGCCAGGCAGACCUAUGAUGAUAUCAAUGACAUCUUAAUAGCCACUCCCCUCCAACAGGUGGCCUCUGGCAAGGCAGGUGUGUUUACUCAAUACCACAGAAAGAAGAAGGCCAUGACCGUGAGCGAGUAUCGCCACUUGGCAAACAGUGACAAAUACCGGACUCCACCACACUUGAAUUUCGAGGAACUGGAGCGCAAAUAUUGGAAAACUCGCGGCUAUGAUUCCCCGAUCUACGGCGCGGACAUCAGUGGCUCCUUAUUUGAUGAAAACACCAAAGAGUGGAACCUGGGUCACCUGGGAACCAUUCAGGACCUGCUGGAGCAGGAGUGCGGAGUGGUCAUCGAAGGCGUCAACAGCCCCUACCUGUACUUCGGCAUGUGGAAGACCGCCUUCGCCUGGCACACGGAGGACAUGGACCUGUACAGCAUCAACUUCCUGCACUUCGGGGAGCCCAAGACCUGGUACGCGGUGCCCCCGGAGCACGGCCGGCGCCUGGAACGCCUGGCCAAGGAGCUGUUCCCGGGCAGCUCGCGGGGCUGCGGGGCCUUCCUGCGGCACAAGGUGGCUCUGAUCUCGCCCACGGUCCUCAAGGACAACGGCAUCCCGUUCGGCCGGGUCACUCAGGAGGCUGGCGAGUUCAUGGUGACUUUCCCCUAUGGCUACCACUCUGGCUUCAACCACGGCUUCAACUGUGCGGAAGCCAUCAAUUUCGCCACCCCGCGCUGGAUCGACUAUGGCAAAGUGGCCUCGCAGUGCAGCUGCGGGGAGGCGCGGGUGUCCUUCUCCAUGGACGCGUUCGUGCGCAUCCUGCAGCCCGAGCGCUAUGAGCUGUGGAAACGCGGGCAGGACCGGGCGGUGGUGGACCACACGGGGCCCACGGCGCCUGGCGGCCAGGGCCUGAGCGCCUGGAGGGACGUCCGGGUGCCCGCCGAGGCCACGAUGGGUCCGAGGCACCGCCCACCCCGCCUGGCCUUGCAGAAGCUGGUGGCCGCGGGCAGUAGGACCCGCCGCCAACACUCUGUGAGUCCGGCGUUCCGGCGCCCCUCAUUGGCCCGGGGUUCUACCUCUGCUGCUCAGUUCAGUGCUGCCACUGCCCGCAAACUCCCGGAGCUUGGCCCAACCCCGCCGCUGACCCCAGGUCCAUCCACCCCGGAUCUCCAUCCAACUGGCAGAUAUGGUCGCGGUCGUCGUCCUCGGGAACAGGGGACUCAGGAGCUGACUGUCCAGGCCCGGGUUAAGAGGCGCCUCUCGGGAGACGCUACUCAACACCCGGAGGCUCAGCCCUUGCCUUUGGAAGGACCCUCCAUGGACAGCCGUGCACCGCUGAGCCCUGGACUCCAGCAUCCUGCUUAAAUCUUCCGAGGACUGCUGUUUCCCCAUCCCCUAACCCCAGGGGAUGCCUUUGUACCCACUGCUCUUGUAUGUGGAGGAUCCUUGAGACUGGCCACGUGUCCAUUUCAGAGCUUGGGUCUUUGCAGGUCACUGGUCUUGCAUGAGAAUCCCUCCCGUGUUGCUGCUGGACCAGCUGGGUCCAUGCUAUUUACCAAAUUCUCCAAAGUUUGUUCUUCCUCCCAGACCUGGGGAUCUCUGGAAACUGCUCCCUCCUGUGUCACCAGCUGAGCUUCCUCCCCUGGACACCACAGUGUGUCUGGGAACUUGGUUCUGCUGAGUUUGCCGGUGUCCGAGCUACCUCAGCCUCCCACCCCGGGGGCCAGCUCUGGGUGCUGCAGAGCUUUUGAAGUUCCUGGGCGUUGUUUACCCUCCACUCUCCCUCUUUUCCCUUUCCUCCAACUCCUUCCCCUCAUCCCCCCUCCUUUUUUUUGACCAAACUAGCUCCCUUUGACCAGUUAGGUCAGUGGAGGAUCAGAUAAUCAUUUAUAAUCUUUCUGAGGUGUUGGUUUAUUGAAAAGUGUUCUCUGCCAGUAUUUGUUCACAAAUAUGUGAAAGAUAAUCAGAAUGUGAAAAUCUGACUUUAUUUCUAGUGUAGUUUAUUCA